CGUGAGGGGACAAAUUUGCGCGGGUUCGGAGCCGACGCGGUCCGUCAUGGCGGCUUUCCGUGAGAUGGAGGAGGUGAGCAGCUGGCUGCUGAGCCUGCUGGGGGCCAACCACGCCGAGAAGCAGCAGCGGCAGCUGCUCGGGCGCCACGAGCAAAUGGUGGAGCGGCUGCUGGAGACGCAGGACGGCGCCGACCAGCGGCUUCGGGAGACCGUGGGUGUGGAGGAGGAAGCGGCUCAGAGCCUUCUUGAAUUGAAGGAAUGCACGCGCCUGGGAGGCACUGAGCUACAGCGUCUGGAAGUCGAGCUCCAGAAUGCCAGCAAGGAAGACGCCUAUCUGCAGGCCAGCCUCUGUCAGCUGACCUCAGAGCUGCAGGAGCUCAGGGAGAUGGAGGCGGAUCUCCAGCAACAGGAGAGGGACGUGGAUGAGGACACCACCAUCACCAUCCCCUCUGCAGUGUACGUGGCGCACCUCUAUCACCAGAUUAGUAAAAUAGAAUGGGAUUAUGAAUGUGAGCCAGGAACGAUCAAGGGCAUCCACCACGGCCCCUCUGUGGCCCUGCCCAUCCACCUGGACAGCGCACAGCUCUCACAGAAGUUCAUCAGCGACUACCUCUGGAGCCUGGUGGACACUGCGUGGUAGCCAGAGCCUUCACCUCGCACCCUCUGUAGAAUUAAAAAUCUGUAUGUGACUGA